AAUAAUAAUUAAAAAAAAAAAGAGUCAAAAGAGAAAGUGAAACUGUUUCAAACUCAAACGUCAUUUUGAAGACGGAGGACAAAGAGGAUGCAGUAAAAACGGAAUAAAACUGGAUAAAAGAACGGAAGACUGUGCUGCAUGAAAAUCCCAGGAGGGCAGCUGUUUCUGUGAUGCUGGAACCACCACAUCUGGCACCAUCCAUCUGGCACAGUCAAAGUCGCUUAGAUCACACAUUUUGCCCAUUCUAAUAGAUAGGGGGCGCUGUUUCUAAAAUGAAUCUCUCAGAGGAGUCAAAGACCAAAGGAGGAACCCUCAGCAGUGAGAGGAAGAGGGUCCAGGUAGAAAGAGCAGGGUCACCUGUACCCAGCUGUGUGUCUCUGAAGAGUGAUCCUUCAGUGGAUCCUCCACUCACUUUCAAAGGAGAGUUCACAGGUGAUCAAAGGGUCCAGGUAGAAAGAGCAGGGUCACCUGUACCCAGCUGUGUGUCUCUGAAGAGUGAUCCUUCAAUGCGUCCUCCUCUCAAUUUCAGAGGAGAGUUCACAGGUGAUCAAAGGGUCCAGGUAGAAAGAGCAGGGUCACCUGUACCCAGCUGUGUGUCUCUGAAGAGUGAUCCUUCAAUGCGUCCUCCUCUCAAUUUCAGAGGAGAGUUCACAGGUGAUCAAAGGGUCCAGGUAGAAAGAGCAGGGUCACCUGUACCCAGCUGUGUGUCUCUGAAGAGUGAUCCUUCAAUGCGUCCUCCUCUCAAUUUCAGAGGAGAGUUCACAGGUGAUCAAAGGGUCCAGGUAGAAAGAGCAGGGUCACCUGUACCCAGCUGUGUGUCUCUGAAGAGUGAUCCUUCAAUGCGUCCUCCUCUCAAUUUCAGAGGAGAGUUCACAGGUGAUCAAAGGGUCCAGGUAGAAAGAGCAGGGUCACCUGUACCCAGCUGUGUGUCUCUGAAGAGUGAUCAUUCAAUGGACACUCCAGUCGCUUUCAAAGGAGAGUUCACAGGUGAUCAAAGGAUCCAGCAGUCACUGAAGUCCAGCCCUUCCGAAGGGAAGAGUUCAGAUAAAUUAUCUUCCGCAAAAAAGCCACCCCUCCAGGAGUGGGAUUCCCCCAGAAGACUGCAGUCUCUCCUGCGCACUCUGAUGAAGUUAAAUAAGGAUAACAAGUUGAAACAGUUUAAGAGCCACCUGAGACGGGAUUUCCCAGAAUGCUUUAAGAGUUUGCCUGAAGAUUCGUCUGUGCUGGACAACUUUAUGACACGUAUGAAGAAAUUGUUCAAGAGAGAGCAGGAGGAUCCUGAGGCCCUGUACAUAGUUGAGAAGAUGCUGGAGACCUGUGGCAGUGAGAGGUCCCUGAAGAUCACACUCCACAUCCUGAAGAACAUGAAGCUGGAGGAUCUCGUCGACUCACUGGAGAGAGAUGAGCAGCUCAAUGAAUCCAUAAAAAGAGCCCAGCAGGAACUGAAAACUCAUCUGAAGAAGCAGUUUGAAUGCAUAUUUGAAGGUUUAGCAAAGCAGGGCAACCAAACCCUUUUGAAUGAUAUCUAUACAGAGCUCUACAUCACAGAGGGGGGAAGUGGGGGGGUUAAUAAUGAACACGAGGUCAGACAGAUUGAGACAGCAUCCAAGAGACAAACCACACAGGAGACUGCAAUCCUCUGCAAUGACAUCUUUAAGCCUUUACCUGGACAAGAGAAACCCAGAACUGUGCUUACAAAGGGCAUCGCUGGCAUUGGGAAAACCGUCUCUGUGCAGAGGUUCAUUCUGGACUGGGCAGAAGGAAAAGCCAAUCAGGACAUUGAUUUCAUCUUCACUCUUCCUUUCCGAGAUCUGAAUUUGAAGAAGGAAAGAGCAUUCAGUCUGAUGCAACUUCUGCAUCACUAUUUUCCACAACUGAAAGAGAUAAAAAGUAUUGAAGGUGAUCAAGUCAAAGUUGUGUUUAUCUUUGAUGGUCUGGAUGAGUGUCGACUUCCUCUUCAUUUCCAAAGCAAUAAGUUCUGCUGUGAUAUAACAGAAUCAUCAUCAGUGGAUGUGCUGCUGACCAACCUCAUUAAGGGGAAUCUGCUUCCCAAUGCUCUCCUCUGGAUCACCUCCCGACCAGCAGCAGCCAAUCAGAUCCCUCCUGAGUGUGUCCACCAGGUGACAGAGGUACGAGGGUUCAAUGACCCACAGAAGGAGGAGUACUUCAGGAAGAGAAUCAGAGACCAGAACCUGGCCAGCAGUAUUAUCUCACACAUAAAGUCAUCCAGGAGUCUCUAUGUCAUGUGUCACAUACCAGUCUUCUGCUGGAUUUCUGCUACUGUUCUGGAGACAAUGUGGGGUAAAGCAGAGAGUGGAGAUCUGCCCAAAACGCUGACUGAAAUGUACACACACUUCCUGCUCAUUCAGACUAAUGUGAAGAAUCAGAAGUAUCAUGGCACUGAUGAGGCAGACCCAAAGAAGAUGUCAGCAUCAGAUACAGAAAUCAUCCUGAAACUGGGGAAGCUGGCUUUUCGACAGCUGGAAAAGGGCAAUCUGAUAUUCUAUGAAGAGGACCUGAGAGAGAGUAGCAUUGAUGUUAGUGAAGCUUCAGUGUACUCUGGGGUGUGCACAGAGAUCUUUAAAGAGGAGUGUGGGUUGUAUCAGGAGAAGGUCUACUGCUUUGUGCAUCUGAGCAUUCAGGAGUAUCUGGCUGCCUUGUUUGUGUUUCAUUCAUGUGUAAAUGAGAACAGAAAUGUACUCAGAGCAGAAAAAUCAAAACCUCACAGUGACAGAGUGGAGAUGUCUGAGUUACACAGGAGUGCAGUGGAUCAGGCCUUAGAGAGUAAGAAUGGACAUCUGGACCUUUUCCUCCAAUUCCUUCUUGGCCUCUCUCUGGACUCCAUUCAGAUGCUCUUAGGAGGAUUACUGACACAAACAGGAAGUAGAUCAACUGUACCAGACCUACAGACACAGACAGAAAGCAGAUCACAGAGCAUUGAAAAAACAGUCCAGUACAUUAAGAAGAUGAUCAAAAAGGAGUCUUCAGCAGAGAGGACCAUCAAUCUGUUCCACUGUCUCAAUGAACUGAAUGUCAACUCUCUUGUGCAGGAAAUCCAGAAUUCCCUCAGAUCAGGAAAUCUCUCUGAUAAAAAGCUGGUACCAGACCAAUGUUCAGCUCUGGCCUUUGUAUUACUGAUGUCAGAGGAGAUCCUGGAUGAGUUUGACUUGAAGACCUACAACACAUCAGCAGCAGGUCAUCAGAGACUGGUACCUGUAGUCAGGAACUGCAGGAAGGCCAUGUGAGUAUUAUGUCAUUAAUAAUGUAGAUGAUUGACCACAUCUUUUCACACUUUCAAUUUCUAGUAAGAAUAAAGUGCAAUAAAGGCAAGUGAAAAUUUGGUUUAAAAAAAAGAUUUCUGAAUCAAGAUGUUUUAACUAGUGCCCUCAUUUGAUGUUUUAUAUCCAGAACAUAAGAAGCAUCAAAUGCAAAACCUCAUCACUUAUCAUAUAUUUAAUUUAAUUUACUAUUACUAUUUACUCAUUUAAUACAUUUACUAAUUAUUUGCAAAGAUAGCAAUUGUGAAAUAAAUAAGGAGUUUAU